AAUCUCCACUUCAAUCAACUCAACCGCAUACAAAAAGUACCAGAUAUGCCGUAUGCACUCCCUACCUCGCCGUAUUUACCUGCGCUGGUGUUACGGAAAACUUGGGACUAAAGUGAUCGCAGUGGCUUUGUUUACCGCGUGAAUCGGGUCCCUCACUAUCAGCGCCUCUUCCAAAGGAACGAUGGCGUGAGGCAAUGGUACAAGGUUUGUUUUCUCCUCUAGGCCCUAUUCGCUUGCUUUCCGCAGUUAUUGAACCUUCUUGACAGACUCCACGAUCCAAGAUGAUGCUCUAUCCAUACUUCGUUAUGCUCGGCAUAGGCUUUUCGGGCUCUUUCUACGGAAUGUGCAGACUGGUGAUGGUUGGCCACCCCCCGCGACAACGGCUAUGAAGGAAACUGACAUGGAUUGGCUACUUUCUAGGGCAAGAAGUCAUACUUU